GGUGGCAGGAAGAGAUGAUAGAUCCAGGUGAGCGUCAGGGGCUGCUAUCGCGACAGGCGCGAUUUGAGAGAGAGAGGAGGUGACAGUCGGGUCCCCCGCCUCCCCUUCUCACUACUCUACCAGCCCCUGCCCCGGAUCCCUCAAGGGAAUUGUUCGCAUAGAGUCUGAGGACUGGGAGGAGAUGGUGGUGCAGGGCCGGCCCCCAGAGUUGUCCUCCUGGGAGGGAGGCUGGAGGCUCGGCCUCUUUAGGCCCCAGGCUGACCCAGCGUUCUUGCUUCUAUCUGGGCCUCAGUUUCCUCAGUCACAAAAAUGAGGGCAGAAUGGUGGUGGUGGUGGAAUGGUGCUACCCCUGGAGGGUUCCUCAUCUUUGCAGAGAUCCCAAUGGAUGGAAUGACCACAUGUCAAGGAUGGCAUAGAAGAUGCUUUCUCGUGCUGUUUCAUCGUUAUAUACUUUUAUAUUCUACCGUUGGUGUUGUAUGGCUUCAAGACAUGGAACACAACAGUCUCCGAAGAACUGGAAGUGAAUCUCACACAAAGGGCAAUGGAGAGGUGCAUGGACAAAACUUAGUCAACAUGGAGGCAGCAGAGGUGGAUAGCCCCCCAAAUCUGAGUUGUAAGAUUAUGACUUUCAGACCUUCUAUGGAUGAAUUUAGAGAAUUCAACAAAUAUUUAGCAUAUAUGGAGUCUAAAGGAGCACAUAGAGCAGGACUGGCUAAGGUGAUCCCUCCAAAGGAAUGGAAACCAAGACAACGUUAUGAUGACAUAGAUAAUUUGAUCAUUCCUGCUCCUAUUCAGCAGAUGGUCACAGGACAAUCUGGACUUUUUACCCAGUAUAACAUCCAAAAAAAACCAAUGACUGUGAAAGAAUUCAGGCAACUGGCUAACAGUGAUAAGUAUUGCACCCCAAGAUAUUUAGACUAUGAAGAUUUGGAGCGCAAAUACUGGAAGAAUUUGACCUUUGUUGCACCCAUCUAUGGAGCAGAUAUCAAUGGAAGCAUAUAUGAUGAAGGUGUGGAUGAAUGGAACAUUGCUCACUUGAAUACCAUAUUGGAUGUUGUUGGAGAAGAGUGUGGUAUUUCUAUUGAGGGUGUAAAUACCCCCUAUCUCUAUUUUGGUAUGUGGAAAACUACAUUUGCAUGGCACACUGAAGAUAUGGACCUAUACAGCAUUAAUUAUCUUCACUUUGGAGAACCCAAAUCUUGGUAUGCCAUACCUCCAGAGCAUGGAAAGCGACUUGAACGGCUAGCUCAAGGAUUCUUCCCAAGCAGCUCUCAAGGGUGUGAUGCAUUUCUUCGCCACAAGAUGACACUGAUAUCUCCUUCAGUGCUGAAGAAAUAUGGCAUUCCUUUUGACAAGGUUACUCAAGAGGCUGGAGAAUUUAUGAUCACUUUCCCAUAUGGAUACCAUGCUGGUUUCAAUCAUGGAUUUAAUUGUGCAGAAUCUACAAAUUUUGCUACAGUCAGAUGGAUUGAUUAUGGAAAAGUUGCUAAGUUGCCUCAUAUGAUGAAGAAAUGAAUGAAUUGUGGAGCAUUACCUUUUCCAUGUUUCAAGGAUUCAUGAUUUUACCCAGGAGAAUAUUCUAAUCAGUACUGUUAAUCAUAAUCUAUCCACAUUUUUGUAGUUUGUUUCUUGAAUUUAUUUUUCCAACAUAAUUCAACAUUUGUUGGUCUGCCUCGUGGUGAUGAGCUUCUCCAAAUCUUAGAUAGUUUGAUCCUAGGCUGAUGGACAAAAACUGUUGCUGACCUUUACAUAAAAAAAAUAAUUUCCAGCUUUUUAGGACUACCUAGAGCUUGCUUUUCUCUAGCAGUGUCUUGAAGACAAUAAAGACUUUUUCUGUGGAACAGGUUUAAAAGAUUGUUACUAAUGUGGUAGUUACUCCAAAAUUCUUAAAAAAAUUUCUCUUUGAUUAUAUCUCAAAUAUUUUGCUCUAGUUGGUAGGUGUGACUUGUCCUUUCCUUUUAAACUACUUAGUGUAAAAAUAUAUUGGCUAGUUAUAAAAUAAAAUAUUUAUAUGGAAAAAACUGUUCAAUGUAGGUUCAAAACUAUUUAGAUACUUUUGAUAAAUGUAAUCAAAAGUAUCUUCAGUGAUAAAGUGAAGCUCAAAUGUGAACUUCCCUUCAGGGCCAGGUACGAGGAAGCUUAAGAGACUUUUAUUAUAAAAAUGAAAUAUUUAUUGAAAUAUACAUAUAGCUAAAAAAAGUAUUUGUAUUUCUAAGGGAUUUUAAAUCUACCCAAAUAAGCUCCCUAGUUCUGCAAGGAACCACUUCUCCUGUAUUUCACAGGCUACACUUCUCCUUCCUAAUCUGACCAACCCAAAUUUAUACUAUCUAAAUAAAAACUGCUGCUAUUAUCCUUAUAAUUCUUAACUUUGCCUCCAAAUUAUAAAAUAGCAAAGGCUAGCUGGUUGAGUCUCAACAUGAAUCAAGUUAGGACUCUGAGACUUAACAGACUCAGAGACCAAACCAAAGACCAGGUCUUUCUUUGAUCCUAUCAGAUAUAAACCGAUUUAUAAAAACUGCAAUAGAUAGUUAAUAAUGUUUCCCAAGUUGGGAAAGGAAAACACUGAGCUCCUUCAGAUCUUCCCCUCAGACAGAGAGAGAGGCAAAGAUGUUACCUCCUCCAGCCCUGAGUCUCUGAGAGUGAGUCUGCCAACUGCCAGAGACCAACUCCCAACUGCCAGAGAGAGUAAUUGACAUAGAAAAUUAGUUAUAACUGUCACAUCUGAAAUCAACAUCCUUUCUCAGCUCUGCUUCAAACUCCAGUUCUUUCUCAAGCAGCCACUUUACUUCUUAUCUCUAAACAAAUAAAACAAUACUUAGUUUCUAAUAUCAUCUUUACAUUGGUCAGGACUGAUAUUGUCUAGGAAAGAAUUAGUUUUGAUGUUCAGGAUAAAAAUACUUUGAAAAAUAGUCCUCAGUUUUGCUGACCAGAAUUGGGACUUUUAUGAGUACGGCAUUAUGCAUAUGAAGUUUGAACUUUGCCAUUUAAGGGAGUCUAGCAACUAUAAUUUUUUUAAAUUAAAUUUAUUUAGUCAAUUUAUAAACAUUAUUUUUUGGUUAAGAGAAUCAUAUUAUUUCCCUCCCUUCCCUACCCCCAGCCUUCCUGUAGCUGAUGUGCAAUUUCACUGGGUAUUACAUGUGUCCUUGAUCAAAACCUAUUUCCAUGUUGUUGGUGUUUGCAUUAGGAUGUUCAUUUAGAGUCUGUAUCCCCAGCCAUAUCCCCUCGAACCAUGUAUUCAAGCAGUUGUUUUUCUUCUGUGUUUCUUUUUUUUCUCAUUUAUUUUUAAUUUUAUUUUUAAAAAAAAAAUGUUUUUCCAUGACUUCGUGAUUCAUGUUGUCUCCCUUCCCUCUCCCCUCUCCACUUUCAGAGCUGACAAAUAAUCUACUGGGUUAUACAUAUAUUAUCACUCAAAACCGAUUUCCAUAUUAUUUGUUUUAUAAAAGAUAAUCUUUUAAAACCCAAACCCCAAAUUCUAUACCCAUACUUGUUAGUGACAAAUCAUAUAUUUUCUUCUGUGUUUCUGCUCCCAUAGUUCUUUCUCUGAAUGUGGAUAGUAUCUUUCUCAUAAGUCCUUCAGAAUUGUCCUGGGUCAUUGCAUUGCUUUUAGUAGUAGAAUCUAAUGUUUCAGUCUCUGUGUACAAUGUUCUCCUGGUUUUGCUCAUUUCACUAUGCAUCAGUUCAUGUAGGUCCUCCCAAUUCUUAUAGAAAUCAAGUGAUUUGACAUUCCUUAUAGCACGAUAGUAUUCCAUCAACAAAUAUACCACAAUUUGUUCAGCCAUUCCACAAUUGAGGGGCAUCCCCUCAUUUUCCAAUUUUUUGCCACCACAAAAAGCGCAGCUAUAAAUAUUUGUGUACAAACAGGUCCUUUCCCAUUUUUAAAAAUCUCUUUGGGAUACAAACCCAGCAGUGGUAUGGCUGGGUCAACGGGUAGGCAUUCUUUUUUUUUUUCAGUUUUUAAAACAUUAUUUUAUUUGGUCAUUUUCAUACAUUAUUCAUUAGAAACAGAGAUCAUAAGUCAAGAAGGGGUUCUACCAAAUUCUUUUUACGACACAAACAUGGUACUCAUCCCAAAGCAGGCAGGUUAAAAACAGAGAAAGAAAACUAUAGGCCAAUCUCCCUAAUGAAUAUAGAUGCAAAAAUCUUAAAUCGGAUACUAGGAAAAAGACUGCAGCAAGUCAUCACAAGGGUUAUCCACUAUAACCAGGUAGGAUUCAUACCAGGAAUUCAAGGAUGGUUCAAUAUUAGGAAAACCAUCCACAUAAUUGACCAUAUAAACAAGCAAACCGACAAAAACCACAUGAUUAUCUCAAUAGAUGCAGAAAAAGUCUUUGACAAAAUACAACACCCAUUCUUCUGUAUUUCUACUUCCACAGUUUUUCCUCUGAAUGUGAAUAGUGUUUUUUCUCUUAGAUUUCUCCAAGUUGUUCAGGGUCACUGUAUUGCCACUAAUGGAGAAGUACAUUACUUUCGAUUGUACCAUAGUGUAUCAGUUUCUGUGUACAAUGCUCUCCUGGUUCUGCUCCUCUCACUCUAGAUCUAAACAAUAGGAAAAACAUUAAUUGCUCAUGGUUAGGAUGAGCUAACAUAAUAAAAAUGACAAUCCUUUCCAAAUUAAGUUACUUAUUUUUUGCCAUACCCAUUGAACGUCCAAAAAACUUUUUUACUGAAUUAGAAAAAAACCAUAACAAAGUUCAUUUGGAAGAACAAAAGAUCAAGGAUAUUCAGGGAAAUCAUGAAAAAAUGUGAAGGAAGGAGGAUUUGCAGUCCCAGAUCUCAAACUAUAUUAUAAAGCAGUGGUCAUCAAAACAAUAUGGUUCUGGCUAAGAGUCAGAGAGGAGGAUCUGUGGAAUAGACUUGGGGUAAGUGACUUCAGCAAGACAGUCUAUGAUAAGCCCAAAGAUCCCAGCUUUUGGGACCAAAAUCCACUAUUUGAUGAAAACUGCUGGGAAAAUUGGAAGACAGUAUGGGAGAGAUUAGGUUUGGAUCAACAUCUCACACCCUACACCAAGAUAAACUCAGAAUGAUCUGAAUAUAAAGAAGGAAACUAUAAGCAAAUUAGGUGAACAUAGAAGAGUAUACAUGUCAGAUCUUUGGGAAAGGAAAGACUUUAAUACCAAGCAAGAGCUAGGAAAAAAAUCACAAAAUGUAAAAUCAAUAAUUUUGAUUACAUCAAAUUAAAAAGGUUUUGUACAAACAAAACCAAUGCAUCUAAAAUUAGAAGGGAAUCAACAAAUUGGGAAGCAACUAUAAUUUUUUAAAAUAUUAAUUUCCAGCUAAUGUGUUGUGUUAGGUUAGAGGGGAGGAAUAGAGAUUCAGUAAAACAUAUACCUGAGCCAGCUAAGUAUCUUAGUGUAUAGAGCCACGCCCAGAGACACGGAGGCCCUGGGUUCAAAUAUGGCCCAGACACUUCCAACCUAUGUGAACCUGGGCAAGUCACUUAACUGUGAUUUCCUAGUUUUUCCUCCUAUUCUACUUUAGCAUGAACACUAAUAAGUGAUUUUUAAGAUAGGAAGAAAGGUUUUUUAAUAAGUAUCAUACCUCUUCUUAUAGAUUAUAGUCUAGAUAAUCUAAUAGAUAGAUUAUCAUCUAUCAAGAUGAUAAAACAGAAAGAUAUAACUUAUAAAAAAUAUUAGGGUCUCAUCUAGACCUGGAAGAGAUGUUUUAAAGCCUUCUAGUGUAACUAAUUUCAUCAUUUUAAAGAUGAAGAAACUGCUGUCUAGAGAGGUUGAAUGACUUUCUCUUAGCCAAGUAGGUAGUAAGUGGUUGAACCUCAUUUUUUUUUCUUAAUAUUAUUUUAUUUGGUCAUUUUCCUACAUUAUUCAUUGGAAACAGAGAUCAUUUUCUUUUCCUCCCCCACCCUCCCCUCCUCAUGCCACCCUUCCCCUAGCCAACGCGCAAUUCCACUGGGUAUCACAUGUGUCCUUGCUCUGAACCCAUUUCCUUGUUGUUAGUAUUUGCAUUAGGGUGCUCAUUUAGCGUCUCUCCUCAAUCAUAUCCCCUCCUCCCCUGUAGUCAAAGAGUUGCUUUUCCUAGGUGUUUUUACUCCCACAGCUUGUCCUCUGCUUGAGGAUAGUUUUUUUUCUGAUAGAUCCCUGCAGAUUGUUUAGGGACAUUGUAUUGCCAUUAAUGGAGAAGUCCAUUACGUUCGAUUGAACCACAGUGUAUCAGGCUCUGUGUACAAUGUUCUCCUGGUUCUACUCCUUUCACUCUGCAUCACUUUCUGGAGAUUGUUCCAGUCACCAUGGACUUCCUCCACUGUAUUAUUCCUUUUAGCGCAAUAGUAUUCCAUCACCAACAUAUACCAUAGUUUGUUCAGCCAUUCCCCAAUUGAGGGGCAUCCCCCAUUUUCCAAUGUUUUGCCACCAUAAAGAGAGCAGCUAUGAAUAUUCUUGUACAAGUCUUUUUUCCUUAUUAUCUCUUUAGGCUACAAACUCAGCAGUGCUAUGGUUGGAUCAAAGGGCAGAAAGUCUUUUAUUGCUCUUUGUGCAUAGUUCCAAAUUGCCCUCCAGAAUGGUUGGAUCAAUUCACAACUCCACCAGCAAUGAAUUAGUGUUCCCACUUUGCCACAUCCCCUCCAGCAUUCAUUACUUUCCAUAGCUGUCAUGUUGGCCAAUUUGCUAGGAGUGAGUUGAUACCUCAGAGUUGUUUUUAUUUGCAUCUCUUUAGAUUAUAAGAGAUUUAGAAUAUGUUUUCAUGUGCUUAUUAAUGGUUUUGAUUUCUUUAACUGAAAACUGCCUAUUCAUGUCCCUUGCCCAUUUUUCAAUUGGAGAAUGGCUUGAUUUUUUGUACAACUGGUUUAACUCUUUAUAAAUUUGAGUAAUUAGACCUUUGUCAAAGGUUUUUGUUAUGAAGAUUGUUACUCAAUUUUUUGCCUUUUUGAAAAGAAACACCAUUUGGAGUUUUUCUUGGUAUAGUGUGUGAGGUGUUAAUCCAAAACUAAUCUCUCCCACACUGUCUUCCAAUUUUCCCAGCAGUUUUUAUCAAAUAGUGGAUUUUUGUUCCCAAAGCUGGGGUCUUUGGGUUUGUCAUAGACUGUCUUGCUGAGGUCUUUAUGCCAAGUCAGUUUGCUUGUUAAUAUGGUCAAUUAUGUGGAUUGUUUUCCUAAUAUUGAACCAUCCUUCCUGCAUCCCAUAGGUUUUGAAAGGAUGUCUCACCAUUGUCGUUUUCUUCAAUAAAGUUAUUGAUUGUUUCUACAAUUUGUUCUUUAACUAGCCAGUUUUGGACAAUCAUAUUGUUUAAUUUCCAAUUAAUUUUUGAUUUAUCUCUCCAUGUACCCUUACUAAUUAUUAUUUUCAUUGCAUUGUGUUCUGAGAAGUUUGCAUUUAUUAUUUCUGUCCUUUUUCACUUGUUUGCAAUGUUUUUGUACCCUAAUACACAGUCAAUUUUUGUGAAUGUAUCAUGUGCUGUUGAAAAGAAGGUGUAUUCCUUUUUGUCCCUAUUUAUUUUCUCCACAUGUCUACUAACUCUAAUUUUUCUAAGAUUUCAUUUGCUUCUCUCAACUCUUUCUCAUUUAUUUUUUGGUUUGAUUUAUCUAGUUCAGAUAGAGGAAGGUUCAGACCUCCCACCAGUAUAGUUUUUCUGUCGAAUUCAUCCUUGAGCUCCUCUAGUUUCUCCUUUAGAAAUUUGGGUGCUCUGCUAUUUGGUGCAUACAUAUUGAGUACAGACAUUUCCUCAUUGUAUAUACUGCCCUUUAUCAGGAUGUAGUUACCUUCCCUAUCUCUUUUAACUAGAUUUAUUUUUACUUUGGCUUUGUCUGAUAUCAUGAUUGCGACUCCUGCCUUCUUUUUAUCAGUUGCUCCCCAAUGGAUUUGGCUUUGUCUUCUUACUUUAACCUAUGUGUAUCUACCUUUCUCAUAUGUGUUUCCUGCAGACAGCAUAUGUUAGGGUUUUGGAUUCUAAUUCACUCUGCUAUUCGCUUGCUUUUUAUGGGUGAGUUCAUUCCAUUCACAUUCAGAGUUAUGAUUACCAGCUGUGUAUUUCCCAGCAUUUUGUUUUCUUCUCCUGGUCCUGCCUUUUCUUCUUUCACUCUUUCCUUUUACACCAGUGUUUGUUUAUAAUCAGUCCCCCUAGUUCCCACCCUUAUUUUACUUCCCUUUCUAUCUCCCUCCUCCCUAUCCCCCCCUCCCAAUUUCCCCUGUAGUCUUUUAAAAAUUCUCCCCCCCUCCCUUGUACUGCUUCCCUCCCCACCAGUCCAUUUUUUAGCAUUCUACUCCCCUAUAGGGCACAAAUCUAUUAUCUGCCCCAAUGGAUUGGAUUUUUCUUCCCACUUUGGGUCAGUUUCAAAGCACGUAAGAGUUGAGUAUUUCCUAUCUCCAACCUCUUUACCCUUCCAGUGUAUCGAUGUUCUCCCCCCUCCCACCAUGAGCUACUUUGUUUCAUAUCAAUUUACCCCCAUUUAUUUCUUUUCCCAUUUCUUUUAAUAUUAGCCUCUUUUUUUUAAGUUAUGGUUAUAUAUUUAUAUAUAUAUAUGUGUGUUUAUAUAUGCAUAUACACACAUGUAUAUGUGUGCUUGCAUGCAUAUAUCUGUAUACCUAUAUAUGUCUAGUCCUUUCAUCCUAUACAGUUUGUCACUGUUCCUCUAAGUGUAAUUCUUCUAGCUGCCCAGGUGAUAGCAACAGUUUUUUAAGUGUUACCAAUGACUUAUUUUUUUAUAGGGAUACAUAUUUUAACUUACUGAGUCUCUUAAAAUUUUUUGUUGUUGUUCAUUUGUUUUGUUUUUCUUUUUCCCCUCUUUUUUAAUUACUUUUUGAUGAUUCUCUUGAAUUCUGUGCUUGGACAUCACAUUUUCUGUUCAGUUCUGGUCUUUUCUUUACGAAUGCUUGGAAUUCUGCUAUUGUGUUGAAUGACCAUACUUUCCCCUUUAAGAAUAUAGUCAGUUUUGAUGGGUAUGUGAUUCUUGGUUAUAUACCUAGUUCCUUUGCUUUCCAGAAUAUUAUAUUCCAUGCCUUUCGGUCCUUCAUUGUUGAUGCAGCCAGUUCCUGAGUUAUCCUCACUCUGUUUCCAUGGUAUCUGAAUGGCUUCUUCUUGGCAGCUUGUAAUAUCUUUUCUUUGGUCUGAUAAUUUUUGAGUUUGGCUAUAACAUUCCUGGUUGUUGUCAGUUGGAGAUUAAAUACAGGAGGUCAUCUGUGGAUUCUUUCAAUCUCCACUUUCCCCUCUUGUUCUAGGAUAUGGGGACAGUUUUCUGAAUAAUUUCCUGUAGUAUUAUGUCCAGGCUUUUUAUUUUGUCAUGGUCUUCUGGUAGACCUAUGAUUCUUAUAUUUCUCUUCUUGAACAAUUUUCUUAAUUGUCUGUUUUGUGUUUGCGAUGCAUCAUAUUUUCCUCAAUUUUUUCAUUCUUUUCAUUUUGUUUUAUAGUGUCCUGCUCCCUUGUGAGGUCACUUAAUUCCAGUUGUUGUAUUUUGGUUAUUAAAGACUGGAUUUCAUCCCUGGCUUUUUGGUCAUCCCUCUCCUUCUAGUCUGAUUUUCUUUGGAGUUCAUCUUUCAUCCUCUUUACCUCACCUCGUCUUUCAUCUCUUUUUUUCUCAUCUUUCAUCUUCUUCACCUCAUCUUUCAUCUCCUUUGCCUCAUUUUCCAGCUGGUUGAUUUUGGCUUUCAAGACACUAUUUUUUCGUUUUCAUUCAAGUGCCUCUGUUUCCAGACGAGUUAUCUUAAUUUUUAAGUUCUUUCCCCAAUUGUCUUCAGCCUCUCUUAAUUGUGUUUUGAGUUCUUCCAUAGCUUGUAUCCAAUUCGCUGGGAUUUCUGAUUUAUCAAGUUUGCUGAUCUCUGCCCCUCUGUUCCAUUUGCUGAGUAGAAGCUGUCUAUUGUAGUUUCUUUCUUCUUUUUCUGUUUGCUCAAAUCCACCACUUCUUUACUCCCUGUAUUUGUCUAUGCUCUUGCUCCUCUAAUUUUUUUUGUUUGGGGGUUUCUGUCAGUCUCCCCUCUUGGAGCUUUUACAGGAGACCUCUUGUUGUAGUCUCUGGUGGAGGUUUGUUGGGGUUUGAGCUUUCCUGUCCUCUGGAGGCUUUUGAUUGGAUUAAAGUCCAGCAGUCAAUGAGGAUGGCUGUGGAGCUUUGGCUUUCCUGAGUUCUGGAGACUUUUGAUGGGAUUAAGUUCAGCUAAGUUGGGCUGGGUGUUCUCUGAGUCCAAAACUUCCUGGAUGGCUGGAGCAAAUAUGGAGGAUCUCCAGAGCUCUGGCCAGGCUGCCAGGUCUAUGCUCCCUCUCUAGCUCCUUCCCCGCCUUCUGUGUUGGAGACUCUGAACUUAUCACAGCCCUGGUUGCAAUGUAAAGCCUUCAGACCAGCACCUUUGCCCACCCAAAAGUUCCGGCUGUCACUUGAGUCUCAGUUCUCUGGGUGGGAGGGGAUCCUUCUGUCUUCCCCUUAAACCCGAGUGAUCUUGGAUUCCGGCUUUUCAGGGGGCGUACCUUUUGAAUUAAGUCCAGCAGGAGGGUUCCUUGUCUGUGUCUUGUUGUUAAGUUUGUUUUUCAGUCCUCUGGGAGCAUUCAGUUUAUGAUUGGUUAGAAAGGGUAUUUAGAGGUCUGAACCUCUGCUCCUUCUAAGCCUCAAUCUUCACUCAGCCUCUGUAAACCUCAUUCUUGUGGGCUCAUUUUUAUUUCCUUCAUAUGAUGUUGCUAGGUGGCACAGUGUAUAAAGCAGUGCACCUGGAGGCAGAAUUUGAGUUCAAUUUUGGCUUCAGAUACUUGCUUUUUGACCAUAGGGCUCAGUUUUCCUUAGUUAUAAAUGGUGACAAUUAUAGUAUCUAUCUUAUAGGAUUUUUGUAAUUAUCAAAUAAAAUAUUAUCUGUUUGAUUAAAAAAAAGCCUUUAAUUCAAUGUCUGGCAUGUAUUAGGCCCCUCCCCCCAUAUCUCUCUCUCUCUAUAUAUAUAGAUGCCUGUUCCCUUUCUUUUUUCUGCCUAUUAUCAUAUGUGAAUUAUAGAGAGGUGUAUAAAAGUACAUUAAAAAAGCCAAGAGAGGUCAUUAUUAGUAGAAGCAAGAUAUUUUAGUUGUUUUUAAUAGAAUGUUUAGAAAUUAAGCAUCCUUGUAGCAUCUUACCUUUUUUGAACUCAAAAUUAAUACCCUUUUUAUUUCUGUAUCUCACACCUAGCCCUUUUGUAUUACACCUGAUUGCUUUUGGAAUGGAAUUUGGAACCAUUUCUGAUAAGCUAAUAAUAUAUGCACAUUCUUUGAUUCUGCAAUAUAUUGUUAUUAGGUUUAUACCUCAAUGAGAUUAAAGAAAGAGGAAAAGGACUCAUA